AUGGCGUCAAUAAAGAUCCCAGUGAUAAACCUCGAAGUGGGCGAAGUUAAGGACAUAGUUUGGGACAAGCUUCAGGAGCCAAAAUCCCAACGAACAUUGGUCCUAGUGAUAGUCUCGAUAGCUCUUCUGUUGGAUAAUAUGCUGUACAUGGUGAUAGUCCCGAUAAUACCCGAUUACCUGAAGUACAUAGGAACCUUCGACGACGAGCCGCAACCUGCUAACACCACCCAAUCAGGACCGCCGAGUCAUCACGGACAGGAUUCGGCAACAGGAGUCCUGUUUGCUUCGAAAGCCAUCGUCCAGUUGAUGGUGAAUCCCUUCUCAGGAGCGCUGAUCGAUAGGAUUGGGUACGACAUCCCAAUGAUGAUUGGCCUGUGCAUCAUGUUCCUGUCAACGGCAGUGUUUGCCUGCGGCCGCAGCUACGGAGUCCUCUUCUUUGCUCGCAGUUUGCAAGGAGUAGGCUCUGCUUUUGCAGACACAUCAGGCCUGGCGAUGAUAGCAGAUAGGUUUACUGAAGAAGCUGAGCGGUCAAAAGCGCUGGGAAUUGCCCUGGCGUUCAUCAGCUUUGGGUGUCUAGUGGCUCCGCCGUUUGGAGGUGCCUUGUACCAGUUUGCCGGUAAAGAAAUGCCAUUUCUGAUCCUGGCAUUUGUGUCUUUAGCUGAUGGAUUCAUGCUGCUGCUGGUAAUGAAGCCGCUCAAGGAACAAAUCAAGGAGAGUCAUGAUCGCCAGCAGACCCCAACUGUUCCAAUCUGGCGGCUGUUUAUGGAUCCUUACAUUGCAGUUUGUGCUGGUGCGUUGAUGAUGUCCAACGUAGCUCUAGCGUUUUUGGAGCCUACUAUCUCGUUGUGGAUGGAAGACCACAUCACUAAGGACAACUGGAAGAUGGGAAUGAUCUGGCUGCCUGCUUUCUUCCCACAUGUCUUUGGUGUGGUGAUAACUGUAAAGAUGGCCAAGCAGUAUCCUCAGCAUCAGUGGCUUAUGGCAGCGGGAGGUCUCGCUCUUGAAGGACUCUGCUGCUUCAUCAUCCCCUUUUCGACCUCUUACAAAUUCCUGAUGCUGCCGAUCUGCGGGAUUUGCUUUGGAAUAGCGCUUAUAGACACUGCGUUGCUUCCUACGUUGGGAUAUCUUGUGGACGUUCGGUAUGUAUCGGUCUACGGAAGCAUCUACGCGAUCGCUGACAUAUCCUACAGCUUGGCCUACGCCGUAGGACCGAUAAUUGCAGGCGGAGUCGUUGAAGCAAUUGGUUUUACGGCUCUUAACAUCGGAAUCGCUUUCUCCAAUCUGUUGUACGUCCCAGUGUUGUAUUACCUCAGACAUAUCUACGACUUCAAGCCCUUCCAGGACGAAGCUAAUGUCCUGAUGCAAGACCCGCCUGAUAAGGAGUACCAGACCUACGUGCUCCAGGAGCAGCGGCCCAUCAGCGGCGACGUUGGCAAUCAUCUCACUCAGCAGAGGAUGGAAACUGACGUUGACCAGGACAAUGGUUAUCAAGGAUAUCAAGGGAAUUAUCAGGAACAGACCUCCUAUACGCAGCAGCCCCAAUCUUACGCCCAGUAUGAUCAAUAUGGACAAGGACAGGGGCAAGCACAAGGACAGGGACUGGGACAGGGGCAAGGACAAGGACAAGGGCAGAGACCGUACCAGCAGAACUACACCGAACAGCAGGGACAAGUUGGUGACGCUAACCCCUUUAGGAGAGCAGAACCAGAACCUAGACAAGAUGCUAAUCCGUUUAGGCAAGGAAUGUACUAA